UCCGGUAGCGCCAGAAAAGUCCCGAUCGGGGCGGGAGGGUGAUCGGGCCCGUCCCUCCUUUGCGAACGGCCCCGGCCAGCGUUGGGCCCUUCCUCCUCCGCCAGGUUCAGGAUGGUCCGUAGUGGGAAAAACGGCAGCCUGCAUCUGAAACAGAUCGCGUACUACAAGCGCACCGGGGAAUAUCACCCAACAACCCUGCCCAGCGAAAGAAGUGGAAUUAGACGAGCGGCCAAAAAAUUUGAUUUUAAAGAAAAGAGGCUGUUUUACAUUGGAAAGGACAGGAAGCAAAAUCGUCUGGUAAUUGUCUCAGAGGAGGAAAAGAGGAAAGUCCUAAGAGAGUGCCACGAAAAUGACACCGGGGCCCAUCAUGGUAUCUCCAGAACGCUCACGUUAGUGGAAUCCAGUUACUAUUGGACGUCCGUGACCAACGAUGUCAAACAGUGGGUUUCCGCCUGCCAGCACUGCCAGGUGUCGAAGCAGCCGCCCCUCCUCAAGGUGGAAGAUCCUUGGGCGAUCGUCGCCGUCGAUCUGAUGGGACCGUUUCUCAGCAGCAGCAGGAGCCAGAAUCAGUACAUCAUGAUGAUGACGGACUUAUUCACAAAAUGGGUGGUGAUUUCGCCUCUCCGGGACAUUUCGGCGCCGGAGAUUUCUAAAGCAAUCGCCAAUGCGUUCUUCUCCUAUGGACCCCCUCAGAAAAUAGUGAUGGAUCAAGGAGAAGAAUUUAUUUAUCAGAUCAACACCGAGCUGUGUGGGCUCUUUGGGACAAAGCUGAUAGUGACCGCCCACCCCUCUCCCUCAGACGAUGGGAAUGAAAGGAUGCUUGGGGUAAUGAAAACCUUCCUUCCCCAGUACUGCACUGAACACUCCAGCGACUGGGACGCCCAUUUGUCGGCCGUGGCAUUUGCCUUCAACUCGACUCCUCUGGGAUCUACCAAAAACACACCGUAUUUCCAGAUGUUCAAUCGAAAUCCUCACGUCCCCGAGACUCCAGAGGUACUGCGUGAAGUAGAAGGUGUUCACGUGUGUGUGUUUGCCAAAAUCCUGGACGCCAUUAAAGAAGCGGAUAGAGCAGCAGAGACCAAGAUUCCUAGUCGCCAGAUGGAGAGCGGAAUUCCCGAUGAAGAGCCAAGCAGAAGCAAGAUCGCCCCUAAAAGGAAAGCGAAGCAGUUAAAUCCCUUCCAUCUGAAAGUCGGCCACGAAGUUGUCCGGCAAAGGAAAAACCGGUGGAAGGACGGCCGAUUCCAUUCGGAGUGGGUGGGGCCUUGCGUCAUAGACUACGUUACUGACGGUGGAUGUGCCGUUCUACGGGACGCCACUGGCUCCAGGCUUAAAAGGCCCAUCAAAAUGUCUCACCUGAAGCCUUAUAUAAGAACCUCCGGAGACCAAGGUAGCCAUCAUCUCCUCCAAGGCCCCGCAGCGGUCGAUCACGACUACAUCGGAACGUCUGAAAUUACAGUUGGAUCCCGCCACCCUGGCGUCCCGCCGAAAGAUACAUCCCCACGGGCGUCCGACGACGAAUCCCCAACGUCAGGCGAGGAUCACGAACUAUCAGAGAGCAAAAAUCCCGACGGUUCUCCACUCCCGGAAGAUCACAGAAUGCGGCCAGCUAACCGAACUCCAGGAAAGUCAACCUUCUAUCGUCUUUUGGACGCUUCUAGUCAAGUCACUGAGUAGUUAAAGGUGUAACCUGGCACAUCUGGCCCCCUUAUAGCUCGCUAGCUGUGCGUCUAAGGGGCCAAGGAAAGUAAGUCCCUUUUCAGCUUCUCAAGCCUUAACUUGUGGAAACACAUCCGAUGGCUUUAUUUACACGUGUGUCAUUCGUAUACGUUUCACCGUCUUGACUAGGAUGGCAAAAUGUGCUGUAAACGUCCAGUUAUGCGAUCGUAA